GGGUGGGUUAAGGGGGCCAGACUUUGAACUUCCAGGCUCACAGAGACGAAGGACGACAAAUGAAACCCAACAUGUGGCUUCGAUUCCUCUUCAUUUUGGUUUUCUGCUUCCACAGCUGCUGGCCUGCUUCAGUCUUCUUGGACACACGUCAGGCCAAUGGCGUCCUGCAGCGGUCCCGCCGGUACAACUCGGGCUGGUUUGAGGAGCUGCAGAAGGGAGACCUGCAGAGGGAGUGCAUAGAGGAGAAGUGCAGCUUUGAGGAGGCCCGGGAGGUGUUCGAACACGUGGAGCUCACGAACGAGUUCUGGAAGGUUUAUUCUAUCCCAGAAAGCUGUAAGCCCAGACCCUGUCAGAACGGUGGGACCUGCAUCCCAGAUGGUUCGUCCUACACCUGUCUCUGUCUGCCCCAGUUCAGAGGAGUUAACUGUGAUCAGGAGCAUAAGACGAAGUCAGACAGCUGUUUGGUCCAGAAUGGAGCGUGUGAACAUUUCUGCAAUGAAGAUGCGUUUGGCCGAAGACUGAACUGUUCGUGUGCAGAUGGCUACUCUCUGGGUGAUGAUGGACAGAGCUGUGUCGCAAAAGAACCAAUAGCUUGUGGAAUGGUUCCUGUUCUGCAGGGACACAAACAAGAGGAGCAUCUUCGAAUCGUGGGAGGAACCGAGUGUCCCAAAGGUGAAUGCCCCUGGCAGGUUUUGCUGGUCUAUAAAGGUAAAGGUUUCUGUGGAGGAGUGAUUUAUAAGCCCACAUGGAUCCUCACAGCGUCUCACUGUCUGGAAGACACAGACAAGCAGUUCCUGAAAAUCAUAGCAGGUGAACACAACCUGGCGGUCAAUGAAUCCACGGAGCAGAUCAUCCAGGUGGCAGAGAUCCUCAUGCACCCGAACUACGCAAAAACCACCGUCGACAAUGACAUCGCCCUCCUCCGGCUAGCUUCCCCCAUCACAUAUACCCCGUACGCACUCCCAGUCUGCCUGCCAACCCGUGUCCUGGCUGAGCGCGAUCUGUGGUCGGUCAGCAUGCACACAGUGAGCGGCUGGGGGAGGCGGAGUGAGCACGGGCCCACUUCGAACGUUCUGAGGCGCACAAAGAUUCCACGACUGCGGACGCAGACUUGCAUAGAAGAGAGCGGGGUAGCUCUCACCAAGAACAUGUUCUGUGCCGGGUAUCUAGACGGGCGGACAGACUCGUGUAAAGGGGACAGCGGGGGUCCCCUGGUGACAGAGUACAGGAAGACAGUGUUUCUGCUGGGCAUCGUCAGCUGGGGAAAGGGCUGUGCUCGACCAGGGAAUUAUGGGAUAUACACCAGAGUCUCGAACUAUUUGGAGUGGAUCCACAACCGAACAGCAACCUCAAAUCAGCCAUAAUCCCCCACUGUAACUCUAGAAGUAAGAUCCAAACGAUCUUACUUCUAUUAACAAAGCCGCUAUGAGAUUAGCUUUUUUUUCCUAAGCACUGGCCAGACUACUUCAGCCAGUCCAGUUACUUAUAACUGCAUCUUCACUAAAAGUGAGUUAGUUGAUUGAUUGAUUAAUUAAAUUCUAAGUAACAAUCUGAAAUUGAACUAAGGGAUAUCAAUGAGUCCUGAGAAGGUCAUCUUUGCAUUUUUUCCCCCAAUUAUUCGGGUAAAAAGGAAAAACAAAGAAAGCGUAUCAAUCAAAUUACAUGUACUUCUGUUCAAAUGUAAAAGUUAGCAUAACUUUAUUGGUGUGCUCAGCAACAUUACUGUGAAACAGUGACAACCAAUGUGAAACCAAUAAAGAAGCUUUGAUUAUUAAA